CCCGCAGCCGGCACCGGCCCCGCCGCCGCUUCCUCCUCCUCCUCUUGUCCGGGCAGCGCCGCCUGCGCAGCCGCGCCUGCCCGCUCUCCCCUUCCCCCGAAGCUUCGUGAAGAUUCCGGAAGGGUCCGGCCGGUUCUUUCCGCUGAAGGGAGCUGCCCCGCCUCCCGGCGCUGCCCGGCUGCCGCCUCCUGCUCCGCCGGGCUCCGCGCUCCGAGCGGUGGGGCAGGAAGCGCCGCCGGCCGCUCCGCCGCCAUGUCGCUGCUCUGCUACAACCGGGGCUGCGGCCAGCGCUUCGACCCCGAAACCAACACGGAGGAUUCAUGCACUUACCAUCCAGGUGUGCCAGUCUUUCAUGAUGCUCUAAAAGGUUGGUCAUGUUGUAAGAGAAGAACAACAGAUUUUUCAGACUUCUUAAGCAUUGUGGGCUGUACAAAGGGGCUCCAUAACAGUGAGAAACCUCCUGAGCCUGUUAAACCAGAAGUCAAAACUACCUCUGAACGAAAGGAGCUAGCUGAACUGAAACCCAAAUUUCAAGAACACAUAAUUCAGGCACCAAAACCAUUGGAAACAAUUAAAAGGCCAAGCCCGGAUGAGCCAAUGACAAAUUUGCAGCUGAAAGUGUCAGCUUCCUUGAAGCAAGCACUAGAUAAACUGAAACUGUCAUCAGAAAAUGAAGAGAAAAAAGAGGAAGACAGUGAUGAAAUCAAGAUUGGGACGGCAUGUAAAAAUGCAGGCUGUUCAAAAACAUACGAAGGACCACACAGCACAGAAGAAGUAUGUAUAUACCAUUCUGGUGUACCUAUAUUCCAUGAAGGGAUGAAGUAUUGGAGCUGUUGUAAAAGGAAAACGUCUGACUUCAAUACAUUUUUAGCUCAGGAAGGCUGCACAACAGGAACACACAUAUGGACUAAAAAAGAUGCGGGUAAGAAAGUAGUUCCAUGCAGGCAUGAUUGGCACCAGACUGGAGGAGAAGUGACUAUUUCUGUAUAUGCUAAAAAUUCUGUUCCUGACCUGAGCUAUGUAGAAGCAAAUAGCACAAUGUUAAAUAUCCAUAUUGUAUUUGAAGGAGAAAAGGAAUUUCAUCGCAGUGUGAAACUAUGGGGAGUAAUCGACGUAAAGAGGAGUUAUGUGAACAUGACGGCUACAAAGAUUGAGCUUACUAUGAAAAAAGCAGAGCCCCUAUUAUGGGCAAGUCUUGAAUUACCAGUAUCCAGCACACAACAGAAAAAAGAGAAUGCAGAUCAAUAGCGAUUCCAAGAGACAAGUUCUUUCCCAUUAUGAAGUGGUGACUUGCUACUGUAAUCAAAUAUUUAACUUUUAUAUAGAUUCCUUUUUUUUUUUUUGUUAAUGCUAGAUCAUAUGCUCCAUUCUACAAAGAAAUUUGACGCACAGUAAACGGGGGUGUAAUCUUGAAGGGCAAUAGCUAUUUCUGCUCUUGCUCACAUGAGUGUAUUUCUGCUAGUUGCAGUGUCUCCAUGGGAAUUUAGGGUAGAAGAACUAUUGCCCUUGGCUUACAGCCUUACCUACCAUGCAAUGACUGUCCAAACAGACGUGUUCUCAGUCAACGGUCUGUGUUAAUUUUUCAAGUGUUCAGUUUAGGCUGGACUAAAACGUAGGUGUUUUUUUCUACUGGCUAGCACAUGUUAAAUUCAGCACUGUUCAUUAUGAAGUAUACAGUAAUACAGACAGAAAAAUCUGAGUUUAUGAAGUGAUUAGCAUGCAAUUCUACAUCUAGAAUAAAAAGGUACAUAAACAUGAAUAUGAAAGGACACUUGUAGACUUGCAUUUUUGUCUUCUGAAAGUAAGGUUUGUUUCAAUACCUGUUCACUGUGGAGGGAUGGAAUAAAUGAUAUUUUGCUAAGGAUUUCAGUACUUGCUGGUUGGUAACAAGGGAUUUAUGGGUUUUUAUAUUCCUGUACCUUCGGUUAUUUGAAUUGUUAAACAUAAAAGUGAAUGGACAGUGAUAUGGCCGAAUAACUUGGAAUCUCAGCAGUGGAGAAUAUACAAACAGCAGACUAAUGUAAAAUUACCAAGGUGCUGUAUAUAUUUGACAGUCUUUAGAAUGUAUAUUCUGUCCUAUUUUACAACAUUUAAAAUUAUGUGUCUCUUUUUUUUUUUUUUUUUUAAGUUGGUGGAUGUGUGUAGUAGGAGAAGCCAGUGCACACUGUAGGUGUCUCAGGAAAAUUAUUUCCAUGUGAACAUGCAUAGCUCUUGUUUCUGAGGAUGGUUAUCUAAGAACUAAAUUUAUCUACAGGACAAAUCUUAGAAACAAAAAGCUUUAAAACGUCUCAAAUUUUAAUUGUACCUUUGAAUUAAAAUAUUUUUAAAAAUACUAUGUCUUUUGAAGAGAUUAAGCAAUUAAUUAGAAAUCAAGACCUUACUUUUGUUUUCAGUUCUCCAUCAGUGAAGAUUGGUGGCUGAAAACAGGAUAGUUUUAAAGAUGAGACUUUCAUCCAAACAGCAACACAUGCAGUAAUGUUGCUUUCUCUUUCUGCUUGAAGUAGUUUCUUAGUUUUGAGUUGCAGCUGAAAGAAAAACAGUUUUUGCAUACAAGGCACGCAGAGUGUACACGGUUAUUUGUUGUGCCAAAACUUUUAUGUGUAAACAAGCAGUCCUGUGGACUGUUGAAAUGUGGAUGCUCAUCUACUUACCUUGGUAGACCUGGAAUGAUGCCAAGAGAAACACAGAACCUAGUAAAGGCAUUCUGAAGCUAAAAGAUGGAUUUCUAAGAAUCUUACUGUUUUUCAGCAGGUGUAAUUUCACUCGAGCUGAGAGUUCUGUCUUUAGCAGUACUUGAAAUCCUACUUCAUGCUUAAAGUAGUCGGAAAUACAUUACCAAAGAAACCCAUCCGCAGACAUCUAGAAAGUAAUACCAGUGCUGUAUUUACAGAACGUUCUUUGGUGCUUCUUUACCAUCAUUUCAAGGUCCUGUUUCCUCAUUGACUUGGAAGGAGUGUGGUUGCUUACUCCAUUGGGCCUCUAUUAAAAAUUCCAGCUUUAAUUUCUGCCUGAAAGAUUCUGUUAGUCUCUAAUAAUGCCACCUUUUUUUUUUUUCUUUUUUUUUUUUUUUUCCUAAAUAAAUUUGAAAAUUUCAGGUGCUGUGAAGUGAUGGGGUACAAGCUUACAAAAAUGUAUGCCUGUAAAUCGUCCUCUAAAAAUGGAACAGAUGUUCCCUGAUGUGUUCUGAACCACCCAGUGGAGCUUCUAUUAGUGUAAUACCAAUAAGAAUUACUUUAGUGGGUGAAAAAUUCUAGCUAGCUGUAGUUACUAGCAUGCCAUCUGUGGGUUUGUAUGCAGAACUCUGAUCUUGGACAGCAAAAUGAGCAGCAUUUAAACGCCAGGAUAAAGUUCUUAUUUAACAAGCCAGUUCAAACAUGUCUAUCCAUAUGGAUUUAAAAUACCCUAAAUAGCUUUUCCAUGUUUUUAACAUAUUUUCAAUUUAUUUGCAUCCUCACAUGCACUGAGUUUACAUCACAUAAAAUCAGCUUUAAAGAACUACAAGAGAAAUGGAGUUUCCUCGGGAAAGCAGAAUUUUGAGUUUUAAGGAAGUCAUAUUCUCCUUUAGUAUACUUAACACUAAACGGAGGGAAAUGUGGAUGAUGGCACCUUCUGCUGUUAAUGCUGCAGGGUUUGAGACCCUGUAAGUGGUACACACUUUCAAACUACGUUCUGCUGGUAACUGAGUCAACUUGGCUGAAGUAGAAAAAGCUCCUGUAAAUGUGGUCCUCAGUUUUGCUUUUGCUUUUUAUUCAUUCCUCCUACUUUUUUUCUGUUGUUUACUUAAGCACAAAAUUAAAGAUACUUCAGGCGUUUCAUAAUAACUUACCCCAUCAGUGUCUAUAAAACCAUUUUUAAAAUUCACCUGUUCAAAAGAAGUUAGCAAACAAACAAAAAAAAAAAGCCCAGGUUUGAUCAGGCAAGGAGGUAUAGUUUUUACAAAUAAUAGCCUACUUUUCUGUGCCUGUGAUGUUUUUCAAAAUAAAAGGAUAAACUUUCAGAUGGUGUAGGCUGCUGUAAGUCUCUUGUUUAACUACAUUAAUUCUUAGCAGCUUUUUAUAACCAUAUGUCUGCAUCCAUCAUCAAGCUGCAAAAGCUGUGUCGCUUACUGCAUCGGAGUGUUUGCAGCAGUUGCUCAGAACAGGCUUCAGCACACCGGGGUUUGAUCCUGGCAUUUUAUGAAAUGACAUUUUGACAUGGAGCGUGGUAGCUGACACUUCAAUGGAAUAUUGGCCAUAACUUUUACUAGUAAAUGUGGGCAGAAGGUGAAACCGGCUGUAGUGUACCAAGCCAGGCACAAUACUUUCUCAACAGCAAGAUUUGAAAACUAAGUGAAGUGAUUUUUGAUUGCACAGGUUUUCACCUGUCUAAUAAUAGUGAAACUAAAUUGCAAACAAGUACAUACUGGUACACUUGCUGUUAAAUUUACCCAUGUUUCGUGUUUUCAGAAGUUGUGCUGUAUUUACCAAGUUGGUUAACUUGAUACAGUCUAGCUAUAUUUUUAUAAUUAACGAGUCUCUAAAAGCUGUAGUGUUAUUUUGGUAUGGGUUUACAUGUGACACAUGUGGACAGCGUAUUAUGUGUCUCAGAACUGACUGUGGAACUUUUCCUUCACAAUCUGUUUUUAAUAUGAAAAGUUGCAUGGUUAUGCAAGUUUGUGACAGAAACCUUAAUCUUUUCCCUCAUGUAUAAGCCCGUGUUCCUACCUAGCAUUGCAUAUUAUAUCUGUAGCAACAUUUCUUGGAGGAGUUGGAAUUUAUUUUUAAUGUUAAUAUACUGUUAAGCACUGGGCUUGUUUAGCUACUGUGAUUCUUACAGGGCACCGAUGUAACUUAACAAAAAAAAUCUUCCAUGCAAUGAACUUCUGGAACAUGUAUGUUAUCAAGUCACCAUUUCAGUACUUUAGAGAUUAGUUCUACUGGGAAUUUUGCCUUGAAGAAAAAAUCUACUUAUUCUACGCAGCGAUGCAUUUUUUGCUUGCAUUCUUUAAACAUGGCAUGAGUAUUGGUUAAAUGCUGUACCUGUUAAUCACUGGUCCUUCCCAACUGCUACUAAAUUUCUUUUAUCUCUGUUCAGGAACAAGAUCCUUUUUAAUGCAAUGAGUUACGUGUUUGGAACGCUGGGUUUAAGGCAGUAAUAAUUUUGCCAUUAUAAGAGUCUUCAACUGCAGUUGAAGAGGGGAGAUGUCUUUUUGCAUGGUUUGAUUCUGCGCGUUCGUAAAACUUAUAUGCGGAAAUUAAUCUCACGUCUCCAUGCUCUAGGGUUUUUUUCUAAAUGUAUUCAAUAAAAUUCUUCGUACAUGCUGGUUGCA